AUGUCCCAACCGAUCAUCCUGUACGAUCUGCCGACUCGGGCACCGCGAAGAUGUUGGUCUCUCAACCCAUGGAAGAAUGAGAAAUGCCCCCAGAACGCUCUCCCAUUAGAAAAUAAACUUAACAAGUUCCCCAGCUCGAAUGCUGCUGAACUACAAACGACUGAAUUAUCGGACAGUUCUGCCCCGAAUGCUGCCGGCAUACCCUACACAGUCCCUACCAUUCAAAUGUCUGACGGCGAAUGGGUUAUGGACUCAAGAAAGAUUGCAGAGCGUCUUGAGCAGUUGUACCCAGAGCCACCGUUGAACAUAGCAGCAGAUCCCUAUUUGGUUGACAUCGAAGAUCUGGUCAACAGGAUUGCAAAGACUGUCUCUCCGGACUUCAUUCCCAAGGAUGCAAACCGCGUCCUCGGCGAUGGAAGCUUGGGGUACUGGCAUUGA